AUUUGUCGACCUUUUUUCGGGUAUCGGCGGUUUUCACCAAGCUAUUAAACAAAUUUUUCCCAAAAGCGAAUGCAUUGCAGCCGUGGAAAAGGAUGCUUUUUGUAAGGAAACUUACCUCUUGAACUAUGAAAGUAUGAAUUUCUAUGGCGAUAUAACUGAUGAGGAUAAAACUCAAGUUUAUUUGACUAAUUCUAACAUCGAAUAUGAUUUAAUUACAGCCGGUUUUCCUUGUACCCCUUUUUCAAAAGCCGGUAAAAUGCUGGGAGUUAAUCAUCCAGAGGGAAAGUUGUUUGAUAGUGUUGUUAAAAUAAUUAGAGAUUAUAACAAUAAUCACAAAAUUCCAAUAAAACUAAUUAUCCUUGAAAAUGUUACUUAUCUUGUUAAACAUAAUAAAAAAGCAACGUGGGAGAAGAUGAAAGAAGAUUUAAAAAAGGAGAAUUAUGAGAUUUUUAAACAAGGAAUUUAUAAUCCUCUAGAUUUGGGUAUAUUACAAAAUCGUUCACGUUUGUUUGUGGGAUUCAUCCACAACGACUUUAAAAAAAACAAAAGAAUAAGGAACUUUGAUGAAAGAUUGAGAGGAGAAAUAAUAAGAGAACUUAAGGAGAUUUCUAAACCAUUCAAAAAAAUUUCGCAAGAACAUAGAAAACCUAACUUAUUGAAUAAGUCUGGAUAUUUUUUGGCAUUGGACGUCGAUGCAAGAAAGUUUGCAAGCAGUGAUUUUUUUCCACCAGUUUCGGAGGAUAUUAAUAAAACUCUUUUUCUAGAAGACGAUUCGUCAACCGAUUUUCCUAUUCUCGCAAAAUAUCGUCAAGUUCUAGAAAAUGAAGAAAAAAUUAAGGAUUCUCAGUAUUUUUCAAGGCAAUUAAGAAAGGUCUACAAUGAAGAAAUAGGGGUCGAUAAUAGCAAGAUGCUAUUUGAAAACUCAAAAAAAAUUCUCAAAAAAUUAAUAGAGGAAGAUAAAAAAGUAGGAGUAAUAUUUGGAAAAAUUCAAAGUGGCAAAACAUACAAUUAUAUAAGUCUGUUCAUUAAUGCAUUUACAAAUUACGAUUUUGACAUUUGUGUUAUUAUUAAUGGAAACAAUGAUGAUCUUUACCAACAAAACAAAGAGGUAAUAGAAAGAAAAAUAAAUUCCAUAGGAGCGGCAGAAAAUUAUCAAAUACUUGAAGCAAAAAGAGAUCAAGGACUCGAUUUUUUACCAUGGUUUACCCACGCAAAAAGAAAAAAUAAUAAACUUAUUAUAUUUACCUUAAAGAACCCCUCUCAACUGGCAAAAGUUACUAAAUUACUUUCUAAUCAAAAAUUAAAUAAAAAUGUUAAAACACUAAUUAUCGACGAUGAAGGCGAUCAAGCAUCGCUAAAUAUCAAAAAGAUAAAAAAGGCCCUUGGCGAUUACUAUUCAUCUAAUAAUAGAUCGGCGACUAAUAAAUCAAUUUUAAAUCUCAAAAAUAGUUGCGAUUCUUUUUUUUUGUCCGUCACCGCCACCCCCUACGCAAAUUUGCUUAUUAGAAAGGAGGAUGACCUUUCCCCUGACUUUAUAGAAAUGAUUCCAGCAGGAAAACCCAACAAUGGUAAAAAAUAUGUAGGAAUUAACGACGUUUUUGUUGAUCUACGUGAAAAGUUAGUAAGAAUUAUUGAAAAAGAAGAGAUUGACUUGCUUGACGGUGGCACAGAAACGAAAAUUAUUCCUCUGUCACUCGAGAGGGCAAUUUCUGCUUUUCUAUUAGGUUCAGUUAUUACAGAAAAAGAUAACAAUUUAAAAAAACAGAUAGCGGAUAACGAAGAUAAAUUAAUAGAUUUUUGUAAUCUGGGUUAUGAGGAAUUAACAAAAAGAAAGUUAGGAAAAAAAGACAACUUAAUACUAAAGGAGUUUGAAAAAAGAAUAGACGAAUUGUCCGUCUUUGUAAUAAAUGCAACAAAAAAAGGAAGGAGGAGAGUGCCAAAAGCAGGAACUGGACCAAACAGAAUACUUAUAGGUUCAAAACUACUAGACAGAGGAAUUUCACUCAAUCUGACUAGUGUAUAUGUAACUAUUCGGGCAAAAAAUACAACAGCAGUCGACACUACUUACCAACGUGCAAGGUGGUUUGGAUAUAGGUAUGAAAAAUUGCUUUCAGUUACUCGAUUAUGGCUCUCACAAGAGGUUGAGAACGAUUACCAAGAAAUAAAGGAAAUGGAAGAAAUAUUUAGACAAGACGUUGAAAUUAUUGACAAAAGAAAACUUUCCUUAAAGGAUUGA